CGGGGGAGGGGGGAGGCUGGCAAAGCCUCUCAGAAGGCCGGGGGGCUUCCGAGCCGUCUGAGAAGGCCCGCCGCCCCCUCUCACUUCCCCCCCCCUUGGGCGCGCCGCUGAUCUGGGAGCGGCGCCACCCUGAGACGACAACGUGCUUGUCCGCGCACCUGCCUCCCGACAGCUGCCUGAGCGCCCUCCUCAGCUCGAUCGCGCUGACCUGUGGGAUCUGCGCGACACCUCCGAGGUCGCGAGGCUGCCCGCUGCAGGACCGCAGCACGAGGCGCCGGCCCCCGCGACGCGCGCUCCUGCGCGGGCUCGGCGCGGGCUCGCUGGAGUCGACCCGGGCCCUCGAAUUUCCUGUUCCGUUCGUCGGUCUGUCUGCCAGUUUCUCAAGAGGCGCCGGGCGCCUGUCGCAAUGCGUGCCGGAGAAGAACGCGCCCUGUCGUGACGAUCGCUGCAGUCUCGCCUCCCCUGUCCUAGUUCUCUGAGCGCAGCCGGGUCCCAAGCCUCGUCCGCCGUCGCGCCACCGGUCGUGGUCGCGCCUGGAGAUUCACCAGCUGUCUGUGCACACUCGUGCAAGCCGCUCGACGAAUUAAUGAACCCGGUCUCGACCAGUUCCGUGGCCGCUGGUUGUUGGCACGGUUCUGACCCGUGCCAGUACAAUUUCGGCUUGGUUCGCCGCGCCCGUCGCUGACCCUUGCGAGGAAGAGGCACAGGAGCCAUCACCGCUCUAUGAUCAGAGCUGCAGUGGAGUUCCCGAAUAGCUUCUGCUCGUUGAGCCGUCAGCACGUUGUCUGCCAAGAUGUAAUGAAGUUGCCGCCUGUGUCCGAGCGUGCUUUCAUAUGUCCACCGUC